AUCAUGCCUCUCUUAUCUCUCCUUGCCAAAAGUUACCGGAUCAUGGCUAAUGCUAAGCUAUGUGUUGCAAGAGCAAGAGUCGUUUUCAUCUUGGCAGCCUUGAUGAUGGCUCUUGCAAUGACCUCUCUGGCCAGACCACUUUUUCAUGGGGGUGACAAAAAUCCCAUGACUGAUAGGACCGCACUCAAUGGAAACAGGAAGGAUUUCACAUCAACUGCAUAUGGACAUGGUAGCUCACCUAGCGGAUCUGCCCACUUUCACCUCCUAAAACGUGCCUUGGGUCAUUCUAAUAGGAACGCACCUGGUGGACCUGAUAUUCCGCGUUAAAGAGAGGUUCUUGAAUCAGCUAGUGGACGGCCCGAUCCUGGGCAUCCCUAGUCUCAUCCCCAAAAGGCAAAAACCCAAGCUAAGCCCUUAAACUUUCCUUAUUUUCUCAACUACACAAGCUCUUAAGAAAAAAAAGUGGCAUGU